AUGAAGAUGCUCUUAGCAUCCCAAGAUCUAUGGGAAAUGGUGGAGAAAGGUUAUACAGAACCUACGUCUAAAGCCGAUGAAGACAUACUAAGUGAAACUGAAAAGGCAGUACUCAAGGAAGCAAGGAAGAAAGAUCAGAAGGCCGUGUACCUCAUAUAUCAAAUAGUAGAUGAAGGAAAUUUUGAGAAGAUUGCUUAUAUUACAAACGCAAGAGAAGCAUGGGAUCGCAAUGGAGAAAAGAUCAAAGAUUUGCAGUUGAGGAAGGGGGCUGAUUUCAAAGAGGACGGGGUCUUAAUAAUAGAGGAAGAGGAGGAAGAUUUAGCAUCAACGGUUGACAUGAAAUUCAACAACAUUUUAUCAAAGAGGAAAAGGACAAUAAAGAGGUUGAGUAACGAAUGUCAUGUAAAAAUUGCUGAAGUUGAAGUCGACGAAAAUACCAACGUUGGUGAUACAAGUGAGCCAAAAUCACUGAUAUUGAUGACUCAUCAUACAACAACAGUUAAUGAAAAUAUAUGGUUUUUAGAUAUCGAAGCAAGCAAUCAUAUGUGUGGAAAAAAGCAUAUGUUCAUGGAGCUUGAUGAAACUCCGCAUGGCCAUGUCUCUUUUGGCGACCUCUCCAAAGUUCUAGUAAAAGGAAGAGAUAACAUUUUAAUCAAGCUCAAUAAUGGUGGUCACAUUUAUAUUACUGAUAUUUAUUAUGUGUUGGAUAUCAAGCAUAAUUUAUUAAGUCUAGGACAGCUCCUAGAAAAGGGAUAUGACAUUAGUUUAAAAGAUUCCCGCCUGAUAAUCAAAGAUGAUCGUGAAUAUCCAAUAUUCCAAAUACGAAUGUCUAAAAAUAGAAUGUUUGCUUUAAACAUUCCUUAUAACUCACCAAAAUGUUUAAGUGCCAUUACAAAUUAUAAGAAUUGGUUGUGCUACUUGAGACUUGGAUAUUUCAAUUUUGAAGGAUUAAGAAUGUUGUCAAAGAAAAAGAUGUUGAAGUGGUUGCCAAACAUUGAUCAUUCGAAUGAAGUUUGUGAAAGCUGUGUUCUUGGCAAGAACGCAAGAACAAAUUUUGCAAGGGAAACAAAUUGGAGAGCAAAGAAGCCACUGGAGUUGAAAAACAUGGGUAUACUUCUCAAGAAAAAGUCAAAGGUGUUGAAUGCAUUUAAAGAAUUCAAGUCCAGUGUUAAAAAACAAAGUGGCUAUCACAUAAAGAUAUCACAGUCAGAACAAAGAGGAGAAUAUACUUUUGAUGCAUUUAAAAGCUUUUUAUAUUUAUUGAAUCGAUAUCCUACCAAGAAUGUUCGCGGAGUAACACCUGAAGAGGCUUGGAUCACAUAUAAGCCUACUGCAAAUCACCUUCGAGUGUUUGGAUGUAUAGCGUAUGUAAAGAUCCUAGAAGCAAGAAGACCUAAACUUGAUGACAAAGGGUAG